UGUCAUGCAUUGUGAGCUUGUUUGAUUAACUGCUACUACACAGGAUCCCGUCUCCCUUCUGAAACAUGAGUUAAUGAGAAACACCGUACUCCAUGACGGUAGCAUGUCAAUAAUGUGUCUCUGGAGGAAUUGAAUCGAGCCAAACAUUUGAGAUAAGGGGCAGAACCUCCCAACGAUGUCGUACAUUGAAGCUGUAUGAUAAGAAGCACAGCGCUCUAAAGCUUUUCUUCAGACAGAUGAGGACAUUCUUAGGUGAGUGGACGGCUCUUUUAUCAAAGGUCUUCCAGAGGUUAUCAAUUUCAAUUUGUGUUCUGCCAACCUUUGAUCAGCUUGAUUCUAUUUAAAUGUUGUCUGACGUUAAACGUAUUUGUCUUUAACAGGUUUAGUGCCCAGUUGAAAAAUGCAUAAUCUCACUGAAUUUCCAGGCAAUGCAUCUUUCAACAAAAGCCUGUCUGUGAUCGUCAAGGUGUGUGCGGUUAUCCCCUUCUUCUGCGUCUUCCUCUACUGCAUUGUUGUCAUGCUGCACAUUUUUGCAUCUCAGAGGCAGUACCUGGACUCCCCACGUUACAUCCUGUUCGCCUCUAUGUUGAUCAAUGACACUCUCCAGCUUUUGUCUUCCGUGCUGCUCUUCCUCUUGGCCAUGGGCCGGGUGAAAUUUGCAUUCAUCUAUUGUGUUCCUCUGCUAUUCCUUUCCACGGCCACUUUCCAGAACACACCUUUAAUCCUGGCCACCAUGUCUCUGGAGUGCUACGUUGCCAUUUUCUAUCCGCUGCACCGGCCGGCUGCCUGGCGCUCAGACCGUGUCUGGGUGAUCAUUCUUUCCCUGUGGCUCAUCAGCUGCAUCUCCCCCAUCGUCAUCUACUCUAUAGGCAUGAGUGAUCCUGCCGGAGUGGAUGUCCUCUCUACCCCCGUGCUUUGCAAAAGUACUGUUAUCAACACAUCUCAAAUCCAGGCUGUGUUCCAAAUCAGUGUGUAUAUUCUCUUUUUUGCCGUCGUGGCAGCUGUCAUCCUUUUUACAUACGUGAGAAUCCUGCUGGAAGCGAGGAAGCUGAGACAGGACAAAGUGUCUGUGAGCAAAGCCAUGCACACCGUGCUGCUGCACGGCUUUCAGCUGCUGCUGUGCAUUCUGGCCUUCACUCACCCCAUCACUGAAAGUCUCAUCGUGCUGAAUGCCAACUGGCUACCAGAGGACAUAGCCUUUUUUAAUUAUUUCUGUUUCAUCCUCAUGCCGCGCAUUCUCAGCCCGCUAAUCUACGGCUUUAGAGAUCAGAAUUUCAGGGGCAGCAUCAGGAAGACAAUUUUCUGUUGCUCAAACAAAGUAAGACCAGACAAGAGACGCAAGCUUCGGGACAACUUAUCUGCUUCUUGAACUGGACGAUUAACAGUAGUUUUGACAGACAACUCAAACUUAUUGCAAACAGGUCAAAAGAUGUACGUGAUGUUUAACCACAUUUUGCCAUGUAAAAAUCACUGAUGACAGACUCCUUAAAAAGGCCUAAAUGGUUAUUAAGUAUAGAAUUUAUCAACAAAAUGAUCAAUUAACAAUAUAUUUGAUUUUGCUGCAGUCAACAAUAUCAGUUAUCGCUAUUCAACAAAGAAAAGUGUGUCCCGUUUUAAAAUGUAUUCAGCAUGCAGGGCGCCAUUCAAUCAUUUUACAUGGAGGUUAAUUUAGCGCCAUCACUACUGUCUACUAUUGCUGUAAAACAACAUCAGGCAGUGGUCUUAUGCAUGUGCCAUCAGCAUCGUCAGAGUUCAAUUCAGUGAAUGAAUUCAAGGUGCCUCACAGAAAGCUGCUGGACUCCAUCUCUCAUUUUUCAAUACGCACGCUCAUGCGGGAAUGUUUGACAGGGUUUGACUGAGGAACACCAGAAACGGAUCAAAAAUUGUAAUGCGGGUCUUAUGUUUGUUUGCUUUUUUCUCAUGAUAUUUUUGUGCAGGCCUAUCACUAAGUCAAUUAUAAAAUGAUAUGAGGAAUAAGAGGUUGUGUGGUUACCUUUAGACCCCUUAUGUACUUGAUUGUUUUGUUACAUAACAUUGCAUUAUAUGUAUAUAUUUUAAUAACACUGUACAGCAAUAUUUGACAUAUAUAUAUAUGUAUAUAUGUGUGUUUUUCCUGUUUUUGACCCCAAAAUUACUGUUAGUAUUCUGUUAUUCUGUUGGUAUUCAUGAUAAUUUGAAUGUGUUUUUCAUUCUUAACGUAUAAGUGAGAUAAGUGAGAAGAGAUGUACUAGAAAAUAUAAAGCUAU